AUGAAGAGUUUAAUUUUCAUUUUUGCUGUCCUAAUAAAAUGCUGCUGGAGUUAUGAUUCUUUUAGCUCUAAUGGUGCAGGUGCCUUUACGUACGAAGAUCCAGCAGGUCAUAGGUACGAAUGCUUUUACAAGCCAAAAUACAACUAUGGUUUCGAACCUCCAGAAAUUAAAAGAUUUAACGAGGUUAACCCCGUUGAGCAAUAUUGGCCGGAUGUAAUUGCUAACAUUGAAAACCAAGAACGAAAAGUGUUUGAAGCUGCACAAAACUCGUUCGGUGCUUUUAACGAAUUUCCUUACAUUCCGACUUUCAACUUUAGGUACCCAUCAAACGACCCUUUCAAUAAUUUUGGACCCGGAAACUACAAACCAUUUGAUAUGUCGGGAAAAAAUACGCCCUACAAUGCUUUUGCAUUUGGGGCUGUCGGACCCGGAUUUAAGCAUCAGAUAGCUGCAAUAAACCCAUCGAAUCCGCAAUCACCGAACGUACAGAAAUUUAGCCACAAUCCGGAUAGAAGAAACGACUUGAACAAUCAUUUCUACAGUGUCCACAGUUCAGCGUCUUCCUCAUCUAUAAACAAAAAUGGGGAAUUACAAAGCCAAAAAGCGGCGGAGACGAUUGUCAACGACAAUGGAAAAGUUACCAAAUAUAGCGUACAUAGUUAA